ACCUGUGCAUGUCAUUAACACAUGCAUAAUAAUAACGUAUAUAUUUUCAUCGAUUGAAACAGGUGCUAUGAGCCGUCACUUCGUCACUACAAAUGGCAUAAACGCUCUUCACAGAAGACCCAGAAGUGAAAAGAAACCGAUUCCGGAUGAUCAGAAAGACGAGAAAUAUUAUGAGAGACGUAAACGGAAUAACCAGGCAGCGAAAAAAUCGCGAGAUGCCCGCAAAAUUAGGGAAGAUCACAUUGCUCUGAGGGCGACAAUGCUGGAGCACGAGAACGCAAUUCUAAAGGCGCAGAUAGUCACCCUUCGGGAGGAAGCGCAGUCGCUGCGACACAUGUUGAUCAAGCAACACACCCCAGCGAUACAAUCGAUUGAACGAUCAUUAUCAUCGAUGACACCUGUGACGCUCUCUCCUCCGCACACGACCGCGAAUUUAGAUUGUUAAUUCCUUAAAGUUUUUUUCGAAGAAUAUGCGAAACGUUUAUGUGUAUGUACGAAAAACUAACAGUAAGAUUUAAACAGACACAUAGUGACAGACGCGCGCGAAAACGAUCUUUAUUCGCGACAAUCGAAAUUCCGAUUUCGAUCUUUGAUUCAAAAAGUUAAAUUGUCGUAUUUUUCUGCGUUACAGAAAACAAGAGAAGAGCAAUUCUGAACAAGAGAAGAGCGAAAAGAUUAGAAUAAAAUCCUAAAAGACUUCGAUGGAGAAUUUAUUUCUUGUUAGAUUAUAUAUCACCCAUUUUAAAUGUAAUUACAUAUAACUCUGUUGCUUGAAUGCUAAUAAAAAGAGAUGAUUCAAGAUA